AUGUCGGGCUUGGUGGAGGAUGAUCCGGGAAAAGCUGGUGAUUGCUGGGUUCGAGUUGUCAUCAGCAGUGACGCAGAGAGCCGUGAAUACAGUGUCGGUGGAGGCUGCACCGUCGGACAGCUGAAAUGGGCUCUGUCGGCACACCUGGGAGCUUCAGCAGAGCAGCUGGUGCUGAUCCACUCUGACCAGGCUCUCCCAGACUCGGUGCUCAUGAGUCAUCUUGAGGAACAGAAUGGGUCAGUCAGCCUCGUGAUCCAAAGACCUCAGCCUACAUCUGUUCAGCCUCCAGAUGGUCCAGCUUCAGAAACGGUCAAAUCAGAGCUCUCCGAUGUUCCCAACGUUGAUGAAAACUUAACACAGACUCCCACUUCUCCACUCUGUCUGGUGGAGGGUUUAGAAAAUCUUGACUUGGAAAACAGCAGUCCGGGCUUCUUCCCUGCACUCCAGCAUGAGAUGGCAAGACAGCUUCUGGGUGACCCGGAGAUGUUGCACGGUGUCCUGCGCAGCUCCUUGGUGCAGAACGUCCUCUCCACAACUAGUCCUCGUCUAACAAGGCAGCUUAUUCUGCCUAACCCUCUAAUUCAGCAUCUCCUGCAAGCACACCCUGAGGUGGAAGAGAUGCUGAGCAACACAGACAUCACAAACCAGAUGCUGGAGAUCAUCAGGAAACCUGACAUAAUAGAUGAAAUGAUGCGAAACGAAGACGGAGAUUUAGACCGUUUGUUUCAGGAGAACAACUCUGAGAGCACCACGGCUGCUACUGACGAUGGCACAAAAAUACAACAACCUGGUCUUAAACAGACAUCACAAGGACAAAGAGUCUCCACACCGGUCCUCUCCAGUGACUCCACAGAUCCCCUCAGAGGACUGAUUGCCACUCCCAGAGCCGGUUCAAGCUCACAAAGAACUACUGCAGGUAUGCAUUCACUCCUGGAGGAGAUCACAGCCUGUCCUGGUCUGAUGGAGAGUCUGCUGUCAGGUCCAUAUGUCAGCAGUCUUCUGAAGUGCCUGAGCCAGAACCCUGACGUUGCUGCUCAGAUGCUGCUGAGCCAUCCCUUGUUCUCAGGAAAUGCUGAGCUGCAGCAGCAAAUAAGACAACAAAUCCCUCUCCUCCUGCAACAGAUGCAGGGUCCGGAGCUUCUGUCGGUCAUGUUGAACCCCAGAGCCAUGGAGGCUCUGCUACAGAUCCAACAGGGUCUGCAGACUCUGGCUGCAGAGGCUCCCUCCCUCUUACCCGUUGCCGGGCUUGGACCCAGUGGUGCCAGUUUUAAUGCUGCUCCUAAGCAUGACGCUGCUCUGAACAGCCAGUCAGGAUGCAGUCCUCAGGUUGCCACGGCGACAGAGCAGCAGCAGCAGCAGCAGUUUGUGCAUCAGUUGCUGCAGGCACUGGCUGGCACUGACAAUCAGGUACCUCUGUGUUUCCUUUUAAACUUCUCGCUUUGUCAUGAGGAGGAGGAGGAGGAGAUCCAGGAGGAGCUGGACUCAGUGGGUCUCAGAGACAGACGGACAAACCUUUAA